AUGCCAGAGGCUGGGCGCAGGCGCAGAGCGCCGCCGAGCCAAAUUCAAAUCACUUUCACACUAAGAGCCAAAGAUCAGUUUUCAAAGGCGAGAGGGAGAAAGAGACGGAGGCCGCCGCGAGGGAGAGGAGACGGGAGGCAGCGGCGGGCGGCGGGCGGCGGAGGGCCGGGCCGCGGGAGCCCCGCGAGGGCGAGGGAGCGGCGGCGGGGCCCGCGGAGGUGCGGGCGGAGCGGGGAGGCGGGAGGCGCGCCCGAGAUUCGCGGGCGGGGAGGCGCAAUGGCCGCGCCGCGCCGGCCGGCCGGCCGCCCGGGUCAUGUUACACGGCCGCGGCCGCGGCGGCCGCCCAGCCCCGCCGACGCGCCCGCGCGGCCCGGAGGGGGCCCCCGAGGUCAUGGCUGCAAGCGCGGGGACGCGGGGCUCCCCUUGCCCGCGCGCAGGCGGCCCGGCCUGGGCGGAGGGGCGCGCCGCCUGGGGGGAAGGGGCCGCCCCCUCCCACGCGCGCCCCCCCCCCAGGACGGCUGCGGCCGGCCACCCCCACGGCGGCCCGCACCCGACGGGAGCCGGCCCCCCACCCCCCCCCAGCAACAGCCCGAAAAUGACUUUAUCUGCCAAGAAGACGCAACUUCGGGGGUAGAAUCCGAAUUGACCCAGGUCCCCUCCCCCGCCUCCUCGGGGGAAAAAAUAGAAUCCUAA